AUCAUAUUGCACAGCAAUUUUCUUCUUGACUCCGUCGCUUGUUCUGAGGCUAGUUCACACAAAUGGAGGAAUUCAUAAAACCUAUCGAGCCUUCAAGCUCGAGUGAGGAGCUGCUAUCCAAAGAGGACCGUCAAGCUCUCAGAAAUGAACGGCUGUUGGAGGCGUGCUCUCUGAAUGACACCGAAGUGGCAAUUCGCCUCAUUGACGACGGAGCAGACUGCUGUUAUGAGGAUGACAAGCAGUGGACACCGCUACAGUGGGCCGCCACCAACGGCAAUCUGGAGCUCGUCAGAAAGCUACUUGCAGAAGGAGCGGCUGACAUGUAUUUGAGCCCGAUCCAUGGUCCUGCUGUGGCUGAAGAACUGCAUAAGAAGGCACCAAGAGGGAAUCUUCCAGACCAUCGAAUCUACCCGAGAGAAUCGGCCAUUCGUGUUUACAAGCCGAAGAGAUACACCCCUUUACAUUGGGCUGCAUUCAAAGGCCAUUUGAGGAUUGUUUGGCUCCUCAUCAAGGCUGGUCUCUCUCCGCAUGUUAAGGACAUUCUGGGAAACACCGUCUUGCAUCAAGCUGCUGCUGGUGGAGAUGUUGCCACUGUAAAAACCAUCCUUUCUUUGGGUGUCGAUGUCAAAGAGAAGAAUGGGCGGGGUCGAACCGCCGUAGCACUUGCGAGUACUGAAGGCAGCAAGAUGAUCUUGGAAGCCGCAGCGGAGGCAACGCAGUGCCCGGCGACAGGCGAGUUCUUCUCGUACAAAGUGAUGCCUCACAUGUGCGGGUUUACCGAAGGCUUUUUUGCGCCUAAAGCAGUGAAAAUGUUCUGGAUGUUUGAUUCGGCUGACGAUGAAGAAAAAGAGAAACCUGUCACGUGGUGUCAAGAAGCUGUCCGCCUGAAUCAAGAGGCAGAAGCACGUAUCUCCCGUGCCCUCUGCAGCGGGUCGCUUGAAGAGAUUAACACAGUGAGGCAGUCAUCUGUCCACCGUGCAUUAUGCUAGGAAAAACAGGGUUGCACGCGGUCCUUACAAGGGUAACGAAGGUGUUUAUGUGAUAUCCUGGCGAGCUAGAAUGCAGUGAAUUCCGGGUAUUAAUUAUUACCCCUGUUCCCAGGCGCUGUUGACCACCGCAGACCAUUCAGUCUGCCCGAAACUACGGCGAAGGAUCCUCCAGCACAAAUCUAAGAUGGAGGGAGAGAUUGCGCUUCGACAAGCCAUGGAUUUCCCUGUAGGCUCUUCUUCUAUUCCUCACGAAUGCGGAGAAGAAACAGUUCUGAUUGUCUGCACUACAUGUGUUUUUGCAACUAAAUGGUCCGUUGUGUUGACAUGCCUCUCUACGCAAGUCCCUCCUCCCCCAUCCUCACGAGACCUUGCAUGUUGUGAUGGGGCUCCAGCGCUUCAGGCGAAAAAUACAAACGGCUGCCCUGUUUGUGGAAGUUUUGAAGCGGCCCUCCUACACGUCAUUUUCGUCAGUGCUUCCCUGUGGCACGAGACGGAUAAUUAUUUCUGCAUGUGUACAUCUUUUGUUCUUCCACAAACUUAGUCUGACGGUCUUUGCAUACGGCCGUCUGUCUUGUGAGUCUUUCAACGGUCCACCGAAUCGAAGUAUUCUGUAUCCCGAUCGGGAGCUUCAGAAUCCCUGAGCCUGUGCUGGAGAGGUCCGUGAUUGAUAUAAUUAUCGUACACGCACUCAGCUGGUUACGAGAGAUCCUCACAAGCCCAUUAAUAGUUUCAGUAGACGUCCCCCAUUGACUGGCAAUAGUAAACUGUUCGUCGGCGUACUCUUCCGCGCCAACGGCGCUCGGUGCAUCGGGUGAUGUAUACACAAGGAAGCCAGUUCUUCUUCUCCCAGGAUCCCUUAGGCGAGGACGAUUUCUUCGAAGCGAUCAACCGCCUCAGCGCGGAGUUACAAGCUGCCACGGACAAGGAAUGUGAUGAGAAAGUCCUGACCGCUGCUCGAAUCAAGCUCAAAAAAGUAGAAACUGGACUGAAAAUAACCCGUCUGGUGCGCAAGCCGUCAUACGACAACUUCGUCCCUAGUUUCUCUUUCGUCGAGUGAGUUGGAAAUGCCAAUCAUGUUCUUCUUUUUGCCCAAUGCAGGCGCACAUAUGUAAGCUGAAAAGAGGUAAUGAGGUGGUCAGCAGAAUGUGUUAAGAUAGUUUUGAUUCCCCGGUGCCGUGCACGCUUCACGUACUUAGGACCUACGGGGUCUUAUCAUAAUACGAGGGUAAGAACCUACUUGGCAAUAAAUUCCUGAAGCGAUGUUACCUCUUUUUCUUAUCUUCACGACGAAUAGCCAAGCGAGGCGCCCAGAAAUAACCCCCGUCCAGCAAUACACAAACAUCAAGGUUCAUUUGCAGCGACCGUGCAGAAAUGAAAUGAAAUCCAGUGCCUUUGAUAUUAGUCUCUCGCUACGUGACCCAACGAUCUCGGGGGAUCGCAGAGGUUUCGAUGGCUCUAGCGUAACCCGUGGAUGAAAGAAGAAGCGCCUGGAGGCUAGUCGCUGAUUUCUACGAGCUUGUCGUUUGUGCGAAACUCGCCCACCUUUUUCUGCAGUGCACUCGGGGAUGCUAUUCAAGCAGGAGAAGAAUGCGGGGCAAACACAGCGCUGUUAACUCGUGCAGUGGAAACAAGGCAACGCGCAAUAAACUACCUGCACCAAGUCACACAAACAAUAGGCGAUGUUUUAAUCUGCGGAGCAUUCCAGGAAUAUCUGAGGUAGUAUGUGUGCAUCGCACAGGAAGAAAUUGCUGCGGCUAGAGAAUCUCGAGUUU